AUGGAAAGAAACCAAAAAUCUAUAUUCUUAGACUAGUUUAUGCAAUCUAUAAAUAACCAAAAUGUAGGCGAUUGCAUUUCAGAAAGAAGGCACAACUAGUCAAUUGAUCAUAACUUGGUUUUGCCGAAACUCUAAAAAAAUGAUAUUGUUAAGAAAGCUGUUGGGAAAUUUUUCCAAAAAACCGAUACGACAUAACUAGUUUAUGAUUACUCAGCUAUUUAAUAACAGCUAAGAAAAUCAGAUCACUCAAAGUUUCUAAAUAAGCUAAAGAAAAUAAAGUCAAACAAUUAAAGUCCAUAAUAUAGGUUAGUCAAUGAAGAGCCUAAUUAGAGAUACUUUAGAUUUGAUAAAGGGGAAGACCAAAAUAAGGAGAAUAUUUUAGAUAAUCAAAAUGCAGAUGAAUGUUUGAUAAUGGGAAGAAGAAUAAGACCUAAAUUCAAGAUAAAUAUUACGAAAGGAUAAGGCAAAAAUAUUUAGAGUUACAGAUAAAAUCCCCUUGAGCUGGUUGAUAAAUUAACUGGAAGAUCAACUUGUUCUAGGACUCACUUAAUGAAAUAAAACUAUGAAAAUGAGAACUAGUCUUAUAAAGGAUCUGAUAUUUAAGAAAGGGAAAACAAUAGCCCUUAUCGUUCAGGCAAAGUAUCAGUAGGUCAACAAACAUAUGUAAGCGAAUUGGUGCUAUCAAAUAAUGUUCAGUUAGUUGCCAAAGAAUUUGAUAGUAUUUCAGAAGGAGAAGAAUCAUCUUUUGAGAAUUAUGAUGAGGUUGGAUGUUUAAUGUCUAAAAAUCUAAUAUUUGAUGGUGAUUCUUCAAACAAAAGUUCUUUAACUUCGCCAAAAAAUUUCAAUAAAAACUUAUACAAUUUUUCAUAGCAAUCCAGUCCUAUCAAGAAGUGGCUAAUGGAGGAAAGAGUUUAAUUUUUUGGAAUUAAGGUUGAAAUAACUAAAAAUCAUAAGAAAAUUCUUUGA